UGGGAUUAUUGUAGCUAUAGUUUUGGCGAGGAAGCGUGGAGGAAAUUUUCAGCAGGCUGGGAGGAGGUUUCGUGGGCGCUGCUUCGCAGGGUUCAGAUUCGUCCUCUCCGCGCAUCGCAGCCAAAAAUCUCUGCGGCGGCGCUGCUCGCGCGCAAGCUCGCACGAGAGGAGGGAAUUCUUCCCAAUUCCGAGAAGGAUCGGGAAAGCGCACGCUAAGGACUCAGGUCUGGGGCAAUUGGAGAGAUUCUAGGUAUGACGCUUAAUCCGAAUGCGCUGAGGGAGAAGAGGCCGCUGGAGAAGCAAGCCAGCUUCAGCAACAGGGAUGGAUUGCCCGAAGAGAAGAGGCAAAAGUCGCUUGCCGGGGUCAUAUUCGAAGCUGUGAAAAUGGAUAGCAUGCAAAAGCUGUGUACCUCUCUGGAACCUUUCCUCCGCAAAGUUGUUGGUGAAGAGGUUGAACGAGCUCUGUCAAAAUUCCCAUCUUCAAAACUGGGACUAAAAGCUUCGCCUCCAAAGAAGAUCCCCGGCCCGAACGACAAGAUGUUGAGGUUGCAAUUCAGAAAUAAGCUCGCGCUUCCGCUUUUCACGGGUAGCAAAGUAGAAGGCGAGCAGGGGUCUAGCAUACAUGUGGUGCUCCAGGAUGCAGCCACAGGUCAAGUUGUCACGACUGGACCCGAAGCUUCAGCAAAGUUAGAUAUCGUAGUUCUGGAAGGCGACUUUAGUGUUGACGAUGAGGAUGACUGGACGCAGGACGAGUUUGAGAACCAUGUUGUCAAGGAGCGCGAAGGCAAGAGGCCUUUGCUUACGGGAGAGGCUCACUUGACAUUGAAGGAAGGGGUGGGAGCGCUUGGGGAGCUCACCUUCACAGAUAACUCGAGCUGGAUCAGGAGCAGGAAAUUCAGGCUUGGGGUCCGGAUGUCGGGAGCUAGCAGCGAAGUUCUUCGUAUUCGAGAAGCAAAGACAGAAUCGUUCACAGUGAAAGAUCACAGAGGGGAACUGUACAAGAAGCAUUAUCCACCUGCAUUAACGGACGAGGUGUGGCGUCUGGAUAAGAUCGGAAAGGACGGGGCUUUCCACAAGCGGCUGAAUCAAAACGGGAUACAGUCAGUGGAAGACUUCCUGCGAAUGGUUGUCAUGGACCCUCAAAAGUUGCGCAAUGUGCUGGGAAAUGGAAUGUCCAACAAGAUGUGGGAAGGAACUGUGGAGCACGCAAAGACAUGCGUGUUGAGUGGCAAGCUUCACGUCUACUAUGCGGACGAGCGACAUAACAUCGGAGUCAUUUUCAACAACAUUUUCCAGCUGAUGGGAUUGAUCGCCGACGGCCAGUACGUGUCCGCAGAUUCUUUGUCCGACAGCGAAAAGGUUUACGUGGACAAGCUCGUCAAAGUCGCGUACGAGAACUGGGAAAGGGUGGUGGAAUACGAUGGCGAGGCACUGGCAGUUCCAAAGCCUCAUAUGCUACGAGGCCUCGACGCUCACACGGAAGAUCCCGUUCCAGGCCGCCAGAGCUCGCGGCAACAGCAGCAACAACAGGGACUGCUUGGAAACCAGCAACAGAGACCCGGAUCAGCCGGGAACCUGGGAAGAUACUCGUCCUACAUGCCGUGAUCACGAAGCGUUUCGAUUGUUCGUAGCUAGCUACCGUCGAGAAGAUCGAGAAGAGUGGCAGCAGCGGCAGCUUUCGUUGGUUCAUCAAGUAAGCGCCCCUCGAAGUCGACAGGUCUCGUUUUUGUGCCUCUUUUGUGCUGCGCUGCUCGUGAUUUUGGUACAAAAUCUGUACAGAGGGAUCUAGAGAUACAUUUCAUUACAGGAAGAACAAAAAA